AUGGUGGAUUUCUUCCGUUCAUGCACUCCAAUAGUGAAGGUGAAACAAAACGACUACGCCGAGCGGCUGACGUUUGCUCUCAAUACCGCUGAUGAUCGAGUGUACGUCUGGGACGCCAGAAUAAUGUUGGGGAAACGCUACCCAUUGGAUCGACCAGGCGUAGGGAUAACGACGCUCACCGAUGGAGAUACCAUAUGUAGUCACAGUACCGACGAGCCUGGGAAGCCGUGCAAAAAUCCGAGGACAGCGAUUGAAGCAAGAGCUGAACGACCCAAGGGGUAUGUUAGGUCCCACAUGAUCGAACAAUUGAAGUUGGGGAGGACAUUCCACAAUCGGCCAACUACAAUCCUUGCAGCCGGCAAAGAAGGUUCCGUCGAUGUCGACGAGGAUUCUCUACCGGAAUACAGCUGGGAAUUACCUUUGGACAACGUCGGAUUCGAGGUGGAGAGGGCCACCGAUGUGAGAUACGGUUACAUUCAGGUGUAUUGUAAGGGCUACAACAAGCCUACGUGA